CCCUGGGUGGUCUGGGCCCCGGCGCGGCGCUCAACCGUCCCCACGUGGCCGUUUCCGCGGAGGCUGGUGCUCGGGGGCUCCCGGGGCUGGGCCGCACGGCGGGAGGAGCGGGUCGUGUGCUCGGAGCGCCGGGGGACCCACAGUGUCCGUCUUUUUAACGAGUUGGUUGCUACUGAAAGACUGAAGAGGUUAAUUGUAGAAACCGAGUUUUGUAGCUUCUGUAGAAAAGUCAGAUCUGUCAGCAUUGGACCCAGAAUACCGCGUGUCACCCAUCACCUAGAGCUGCCCCCUCAGGCACCGCCAUGUCUGGGCCCCGGACCGCAGAGCCGGCCCUAGGUGGGCAGGGAGCCACCUCCACGGGCUCUCAGCACGAGGACGCAGCCGACGGGAUCCAGAGCUCGCACCGCAUGCUCAGCUUCAGCGACGCGCUCCUGUCCAUCAUUGCCACCGUAAUGGAGUUUGACAAGAGUGUCCAGAAACUUCUAGCGACGAGGAUCGCUGUGUACCUGAUGACCUUCCUCAUCGUGACCGUGGCCUGGGCGGCACACACGAGAUUGUUCCAAGUUGUGGGGAAGAUAGACGAUACGCUUGCCCUGCUUAACCUGUUUUCCUUGAUGGUGGCCUUCCCCGAGGCGCCUUUGGGCAUCCUGCUGUUCUGUGUGUGUGUGAUGGCCGUCGGGGCCGUGCAGGCGCUGAUCGUGGUCUACGCCUUCCACUGCCCCCACCUGCUGAGCCCCCAGAUCGAGUGCUCGGCCCACCGGGCCCUCUACCGGCAGCGCAUCCUGGGCACCGUUCUCCGGGGCCCGGCGCUGUGCUUGGCUGCGGCCGGCUUCUCCCUCUUCUUUUAUCCAGUGUCGUACCUGCUGAUGGCGACAGUCAUCUUCCUGCCCUACGUCAGCAAGGCCGCCGGCUGGUGCAGAGCCAGGCUUGUGGGCCCCAGGGAGCCCCCGGCUCACAGCCUGGAGAUAUUCACCUUUGACCUGCACGAGCCGCUCAGCAAGGAGCGGGUGGAGGCCUUCAGCGACGGGGUCUACGCCAUUGUAGCCACACUGCUCAUCCUGGACAUCUGUGAGGACAACGUCCCAGACCCCAAGGAUGUGAAAGCGGAGUUCCACGGCAGCCUCGUGGCGGCGCUGCGCGCGUCUGGGCCGCACUUCCUGGCCUACUUCGGCUCCUUCGCCACGGUGGGCCUGCUCUGGUUCGCCCACCACUCGCUCUUCCUGCACAUCCGCAAGGCCACGCAGCCCAUGGGCCUGCUCAACACGCUCUCGCUGGCCUUCGUGGGCGGGCUGCCCCUGGCCUACCAGCAGACGUCGGCCUUCGCGAGGCGGCCCCACGACGAGCUGGAGAGCGUGCGAGUCAGCUGCGCCAUCAUUUUCUUUGCCAGCAUCUUCCAGUUCGCCAUCUGGACCGCGGCGCUGCUGCAGGAGGGGGAGACGCUGCAGCCCUCGGUGCGGUUCGGCGGCCGGGAGCACGCGUUCAUGUUCGCCAAGCUCGUGCUCUACCCCUGUGCCAGCCUGCUGGCCUUCGCCUGCACCUGCGUGCUGAGCAGGUUCAGCACGGCCAUCUUCCAUGUCAUGCAGAUCGCCGUGCCCUUCGCCUUCCUCCUGCUGCGGCUUCUGGUGCGCUUGGCGCUGGCCGGCCUGCAGGGCCUGCAGGGUCUGGCCCGGCCCACACACACCCGGCCGGUGCCUGGGGCCACGGACGACGCGCAGUCCCCGCUCCUCCCUGCUCCCUGCUAGUGCGACCCCGGUCCCCCGCCUGAGG